ACAGAGAUAUGGACUUAAUGCAUUGUACGGUAGCAGUGCCGCCGUCGCUAUCUAGUCUGGAGGGGAUGAUUGCUUCUGACUACUGGAAGGCACGGGAAGAGGCGCUAUGGCGCUUGGAGCAGAGGGCUGUCAGAUGCAGGGAAGACAAAGGACCUUCUUGGUCCUGAGCUUUAGUGUACCGACAUCUUGUGGCGUUGGUGUGUCUGUGUCUGUGUCGGGCGGCCAGAUGAUGAUCCGGCCAUGUCAGGUCAACGCUUGGUGGCGCUAUCACUAUCUUUCUACCACUAUCCACAGCCGAGGCCAGCCAAAGCAAGUGUGGAAAGGUUAUGUUUUGUCUUCCCGUCGGCUGCCGGCGUGCACAUGAUCAGCCCACGAAGCGAACCAGCCGUGUAGUACAUGUAUGUGCUAUUACAGCUGUCGAAUUGGGUGAGUUUCUAACCUUACU